GGCCUUCUCCAGCGCUGCUGCCCAACGGGAGCUCCAGGAGAUCGCCUCUGAGCCCAGCAACGAGCACGUCUUCCGGGUGGACAAUUUCGAUGCCCUCCAGGGCAUCCAGAGCCAGCUGCAGGAGAAGAUCUUCGCCAUUGAAGGCACCCAGUCCCAGAGCGGCAGCUCCUUCCAGCUGGAGAUGUCCCAGGAAGGAUUCAGCUCCCUGCUGUCUCCUGACGGGCCUGUGCUGGGAGUGGUGGGAGCCUAUGACUGGUCCGGUGGGAUAUACCUGUACGGGAGCAGUGGGAAGCCGAGCUUCAUCAACGUAUCCAGAACCUCCACUGACAUGAAUGAUGCUUACCUCGGUUAUUCGUCUCAGGUCAUCACAGCCAAUGGGCAGAGCAGCUACGUGGUCGGGGCCCCUCGCUACCAACAUGCCGGCAAAGUCGUCCUGUUCAGCCGAGAUACCAAGGGUGGGGAAUGGACACCUAGAUCGGAGGUGUUGGGAGAGCAGAUUGGCUCGUAUUUUGGGGGAACACUGUGCGCUGUGGACCUCGACAGAGAUGGGAACACAGACCUGGUUCUAAUUGGAGCCCCCAUGUUCUAUACACCUCUGAAUGGAGGACGGGUCUAUAACUGCCUGAUUAACUGGCCG